GCACGACUCCCCUGGAUUUUAUUGCUUGUGAACUUUAAUUUGUUUAAUGUAAUACAAGUAAUGGGUCACCUGGACAGGUGCCGCAUUUGCUCCUGCGGAGUGGCCAGCGACGACGAGGCAUACAACCUGCUUGAAGAACAAAACCUGGCAGUCAAGUUUACUGAAUGCACCGCUUUGAAAGUGGAUCCUGAGGAGCAAGAUAUUUUGCCCAGCGAAAUAUGUGCCGAAUGUUACGAGAUGCUCGAGAAGUUCCACUCCUUCCGAGCAUUAUGCAUUAUAGCCGAUAAGAAAUGGCGCUCCAAUAGCCUGGUUACCAAAAGGAAAAUAGACAGGAGUAACCGCUUUCUCGAGGUGGAGGAAAUCGAAGAGGGGCGGGAAGAUAAACUGGAAGAGGAGGAUCAAGAGGAGCUGGAAGUGGAGCUGGAAGAGGAGCAUCAAAAGGAGCUGGAAGUGGAGCUGGAAGAGGAGCGUGAAAAGGAGCGGGAUGAGGAGCUGGGAGAGGAGCGUCAAGAGAAUCUGGAAGAGAAGGGUCAAGAGGAGCGGGAUAAGGAGCCGGAAGAGGCGCAGGAAAAGGAGCAGGAAGAAGAGUGGGAAAAGGAAAUCCAACAUCCUUUGGAAGAGCCGGAGUUAAUCAUUUGCGAUUCCAACAUGAGUCCCGAAAAGUCACCCCUAAAAUUGAAGAGGAAAACUGUCGCAAGAAAAGUGAAGAAACAACCAAAACCUCAACCGGAAAAAAAAUCUCAAAAAGAACUCCCACUGCCCAAAUUCAGGUGCGAGAUUUGCUCCGACGAGUUUAUAGAGGAACGGCGCCUGAUCCUGCACAAGAAAGAGCACGAAGGCCACAUGCUGUAUCAUUGCUCUGAGCCUGGAUGCGAGAAAGCCUUUAACCGAUUUGAGGAUCUCAGACAGCAUGAACUGGAGCACUCGAAGGUGGGCACGCGGUUCAUCUGCCAGGAGGAGGGCUGCAACAGGAUGUACCGGCAUAAAGCUUCACUUAAACAUCAUCAGAGCAAGGCUCAUGCAAUUGGCAAACCUUUAAAGACCCAUAUGUGCGAAUUCUGCGGCCGGGUGUUCAAAAAUCUAUCCGCCUUGAGUCAACAUCGGUUUACGCACAACGACCAAAUGCAAUUGCCCUAUGCCUGUGAAAUGCCGGACUGCACUUGUCGAUUCUACAGCAAAGAGAAGCUUAAGAUCCACAUGAUGCGCCACCAGGGUAUAAAGAACUAUAGCUGUCCUUAUUGUGGACUCAAGAAGACUACGAAAAAUGAACUGCGACUACACAUUAACUUCCAUACGCUGGAGAGAACCUGGUCCUGCAAAGAUUGUCCAAAAGUUUGCAACAGUUCGACUAGUCUUAAGAAGCAUAUUCGCGCGAUUCACGAAAAGGCACGUGAUUACGCCUGCAACUACUGCGAAAAGAAAUUUGCCACCUCGGAUACGCGGAAAUACCACGAGAUGACCCACACAGGCGAGAAGAACUUUGAAUGUCACGAGUGUGGCAAGAGAUUUAUUCAGCCCUCUGCUUUGCGUACCCACCGCAAAGUCCACGAACUUGAGAAGGAACAGCAACCAGUUUAUACCAUCCUUAAAGUUACUAGGAUGGGGUCAAUAAGCUAAGCUUUUCAAAUGAUGUAGCUUCAAUUUGCAACAUAUUUUAGUCAAUUUAAUCUAUACAAAACACUCCAAAAAGAUCAUAGAAGUAAUCAUCUCUCCAACUUAUGUUUAAUUGAGCAAACUGAAGAUAUCUCAUAGUUCACAAAAUGUAUCUAUAAACAUUUCCAUAAUAUAUCAUAGUUUAAGAGAAAAAACGGGUUAGUUUCCUAAGUGUUGAUAGGAAGCCAUAUUAUUUAUUACAAAAAUAUAUUUUUCGUUGAUUAAUUUAUAUUCAUUUU